AUUUGAAUCAGGCCCUCUCUGACUCCUGAACCCAAAUUCCUAGCCACCAUGCUGUACGAGCUCCUGUUCUGUCUUCCGCACCUGACUGACCCUGUGCUGGGCCUCAGGCACCCAGAAAGGAGCGCCACAUGUUACUACAAACUUCUAACAUGGCAAGCUCCCACCGUGUGCCAGGUGCUGUGCUGGGGCCACAUCUGUGUACCAACCUGAUGCCACCCUGCCUUCUGGGGGUGCUCAGUCUGGGGAAGACCUUAGACCAGGUCACACAGAAAAUCAUGUGAUUAUACAGUAAUUACUCACAGCUAUAUAAUGGAAUUAUGUAUCAGUCGUGUAAAUCUCUAUGAGAGAGUUGAAGAGGUGGGUGGUGUAACCUUGACAUGGUGGACUGGGCAGUAUUAGGCAGGGCAAGUGAUAGAAACACCCACCCAUUAGCUGACUUUGUCAAAGGAGGAAUGGUGAUUACGAACUCCAGAGAUAUACUAGCUUCAGGCAUAGCUGGAUCCAGGAGCUCAAGGGCUCUCUUCUUUCUGUGCUUUCCACUGUAUUGGCCUCCCUCUCAGGAGCAUUCUCUACUCCACAGGGAUGAGAGAUGAGGAGAAGGCAACGGCUCUAGGAUGGCAUGGUACCAGUGUCCCAUCAACAGAAAACAGCUUCUCUUUCUGGGCCAGUCUAUCCCAGAAUUGUACUUUAUUGACCUGCUUUGAGUCACAUGCCCUUCCCUGAGCCUGUCACAUGGCUGCUGGAUUUGGAAUCCAUUGAUAGGCAGGGUCUGGGGCACAGGCCUGGGGAGCAGGGUGAACCUCCUAGAGUGAGAGUAGGGAAGGGGUGGCCCCCAAAGGACCCCUGGGAAGAGACAGGGAAGGUUGAGCAGGUAAAAGGCAGACCACUCUGCUGCAGAGAGUGACCUUGAGACCAUAGGUAAGCAGGAGCAGGCCAGGUCAAAGGGUGAGGGAGGGAAGUCAGGGCAGAAGGAGCAGCACAUCCACAAAGCUUGAGAUGUUCAAGGAAACCAAGAGGAGCCACGUGGACGUGGUGGGAAGGGGCCCAGCACUCGGGGCCGCAGGGAGGACCCACGGGGACACGCCUCAGUGAUGGGUUAGGAUUUUGUUCCAAGCAAGGAGAGGGGGAGAGAGGUGCUGAAGUGAUCUGAUUCGUGUUUUAAGAAGCUUGAGCUGCAAGGGGACCAGGUUGCAGGCAUCCUCCUCCUCUCCCUCCCCGUCUCCAGUCUCCACUCCAGCCCUCCCAUCCUUGCUGAAAAAUCACUGUCGUUAGCGUCUAGGGAGUGGGUUUGUGAUCUCCGAAGGAAAAGAAUUUCUCCUCGGGAUCAAUAACAAGCUGUCGCUCAGCUCUCAUGGGUCACCUCAGUCAGGCGCACAGCCAGAGCCAGCAGCAACCCAAAGCAGGUGGAGAAGCUCUCAGAACAGUCCCGGCUGCUGCCCAGGACCCCCCACGACGCCCUCAGUGAUGCCUCUUUGCCCUGUCUGGUUGGCCCAGUGCUGUCCCCUCAUCUCUGGUCCUCGAGGGCUCCUCUGAGCACCCCCCAUGUCUGAGCCCCCAUGGCAGGCAUGGCAGCAGCGGGCCGGGGUCGGGUGAGCAUGCAGGAGCACAUGGCUAUCGAUGUGAGCCCGGGCCCCAUCCGGCCCAUCCACCUCAUUUCCGACUACUUUCCGCACUUCUACCACUUCACUGAGCCCACCCUGCGUACCCCUGACCCACGCCCUCCAGUGACCCCCACCAUCCGCUCUGCACCCCAGCCUCAGCCGGACCCAGGGCCAGAGGGAGACUCAGACGACAGCACUGCCCUUGGCACCCUCGAGUUCACGCUUCUUUUUGAUGUGGACAACAGCACCUUGCACUGCACAGCUCACCGUGCCAAGGGCCUCAAGCCAUCGGCCUCAGGCUCCGUGGACACCUUUGUGAAAGCCAACCUGCUGCCCGGGGCCAUUAAGGCCAGCCAGCUGCGGACACGCACGGUUCGGGGCACAAGGGGGCCUAUCUGGGAAGAGACACUCACCUACCACGGCUUCACCCUCCAGGACGCCCGGUGCAAGACCCUGCGGCUGUGCGUGUGUGAGGACCCACGGCUGCGGCGACGACGGCGGGCACCUCCCCUGGGGGAGCUGCGGGUGCCCCUGAGGAAGCUGGUGCCCAACCGAGCCAGGAGCUUUGAUGUGUGUCUGGAGAGGCGUAGGCUGACCAAGAGGCCCAAGAGCCUGGACACAGCAGCACGUGGCAUGUCUCUGUAUGAGGAGCAGGAGGCAGAGACAGAGGUGCCUGGGGAGGAGCGCGGGCGCAUCCUGCUGUCGCUGUGCUACAGCUCUCAGCGGGGUGGCCUGCUGGUGGGCGUCCUGCGCUGCGCCCACUUGGCCCCCAUGGACACCAAUGGCUACUCGGACCCCUUCGUCCGCCUUCUCCUGCAUCCAAAUGUGGGGAAGAAAUCGAAAUACAAGACCAGUGUUCACAAGAAGACCCUGAACCCCGAGUUCAAUGAGGAAUUCUUCUACGCAGGCCCAAGGGAGGAGCUGGCCCAGAAGACGCUGCUGGUGUCUGUGUGGGACCAUGACCUGGGCACAGCUGAUGACUUCAUUGGCGGGGUGCAGCUGAGUAGCCAGGCCAGUGGGGAACAACAGCAGCACUGGCGCGAGUGCCUGGGCCGCAGUGACUGCCGGCUGGAGCUGUGGCACCCGCUGGACGGUGCGCCCCUCCAGCUCAGGGACUAGCAGGGGCACCCGGCCUGGCCCUGCUCACGGCCCCUCCCCCAGACGGACCCACAACCGUCUCCAUGGCGCUGGGGCGACCUGGGGCUGCCUCACCCACCAUGUCCAACCCCUAGUCAAUUGCUUCCUUCCCUCUCCCCUUGCAAAUUCACCCCACUGCCAGAUCCUGAAGAAUAAACCUCUCCUCCAAACCA